AUGGCCUCCCUCGCCCAAGCCUCCGCCAUCCCCGGCGCCCAGAUCAUCGACUUGAGCGGCAGCGGCAGUGGCAGCGCCCUCCUCACCCCCUCACUCCUCCUCGCAGCCUUCGCCCUCGGCGUCGCCAUCAGCCCGCUUCUCAACCCGCACCUCGCAAGCCUCCUCCCCUCCCCAAGCACCCGAACCGGGGACUCCAAAAACACGGCCAAUGCGCCCAAAGAAAAGGAGAAGGAGGACAGCCACAACGGCAACGGCAACGGCAACGAGAGCCUCGCUCAGCGGAUCCCGGACUUGGAAACGGCAUUAUUCGCGGAACAUGGCAUCGAGAAGGACGCGACGCAUGUCGCCAGGAACAUUGCCCAGGUCGGAGGUAGCACGACCGGCCAGGACCAGGGGAUUCGGUAUGAUAUCGCGAAUAGGAGGAAGCUUUGCGGAGAGAUUGCUGUGGACGUGGAGAGAGGAGCUGAAGGGUUCGAUGAGAGGCGCGAUCUGCGCGAGAAUGAAGCUGGUGAGGAGCACGAGGGAUAUGAGGAGCAUUGUGGUGCUGAUUAG